CUCUCUUCCGGUGUGCCCCAUGUUCCUGCUUCCCCCGGUCCCUUCUUUCUUUUGCCCGGGCGAAACAACCACAAGAGACGGGAGAAGAGGAAUGCGAAGGGAAGAGGCGCUUUCCCCUCCUCUUCAACAUUUUGAAGCUUUCUAAGGAUUGGGAUCCAUCGCUCGGCGCUCUUCCCAAGCGAAGCGAAGGAGGAUUUCUCUCAUCGAUUCACCCUGCGAAGAAACACGGCCCUGUUCGACUAAGGCAGGUGUCGGCGGUGGCGCAUGCGUAGAAGAGCCUCAGAGGGGCGGCUGUUGCUAUUGGUUACUUCUCAGUGGGACAGACAGGAGGUCUUGGUUGGGACUUCAGGUUUUUUGUCAUGGAGUUUCAAGCAGUGGUGAUGGCAGUUGGCGGUGGAUCCCGCAUGAUGGAUCUAACGUCAAGCAUCCCUAAAGCUCUCCUCCCUGUUGGAAAUAAGCCUUUGAUAUGGUAUCCUCUGAACCUGCUGGAACAGGUUGGUUUUGAAGAGGCCAUUGUGAUUACAACGAAAGACAUCCAGAAAAUGCUAAAUUUGGAGAUGAAGAUGAAGCUUGAUAUUGUGUGUAUUGCUGAUGAUGCAGAUAUGGGAACUGCAGACUCCUUAAGACAUAUUCAUGAGAAAAUAAAGACAGAUGUGCUGGUGCUGAGCUGCGAUCUGAUUACCGAUGUUGCUCUUCAUGAAGUAGUUGACUUGUUUCGUGCCCAUGAUGCUACACUCUCCAUGCUGAUGAAGAAAGCCUAUGAACCCACAGAACUUGUGCCAGGACAAAAAGGAAAGAAAAAGCUAGUGGAGCAGCGUGACUUUAUUGGAGUGGAUGGCUCAGGAAAGCGGUUGCUCUUCAUGGCCAAUGAAGCAGACCUUGAUGAAGAAAUUGUCAUUAAGAGAUCCAUCCUUCAGAAGCAUCCUAGGAUACACAUCAGGACAGGGCUGAUGGACGCUCAUCUGUACUGCUUGAAGAAAAGUGUGGUAGACUUCCUUGUAGAGAACAGAUCAUUUACCUCAAUCAGAAGUGAGCUGAUUCCAUAUUUGGUUAGAAAGCAGUUUUCCUCUCCUACACCAUUACAAAACACAAACGACCAUGACCAAAAGAAGAAGGACCAGAAAUCAUUAGACAUUUAUAGCUUCUUGAAGGAUGAUAGUUUGUUCGAAUUGGGUUCAGACAAAACCUGCUGGAACAAUCGCAGAGGAGACAUGGAUGAGGCAUUCCACGCUGGAAAAGUUUGUUGCUAUGUUCAUAUCAUGAAUGAUGAUGGGUUGUGCUAUCGAGUAAACACACUUGGGCUGUAUGUUGAAGCUAACAGACAGGUUCCUAAGAUGCUGCCUUCACUUUGUCCAGAAGAAUCUUUGGUUCACAGCACUGCACAAAUCACUGACAAAUUCCUGGUUGGAACUGACAGCAUGGUUGGUGCAGCUACACAAGUAGGAGAAAAGACUGCAAUAAAACGCUCUGUGAUUGGCACCUCCUGCAUUAUCAAAGACAAAGUUAAAAUUACAAACUGCAUCAUCAUGAACUCUGUCAGAAUUGAGGAAGGGUGCAGCCUACAGAAUUGUGUUGUAUGCCAUAAUGCAGUCAUAGAAAAGGGAGCUGACAUCAAGGACUGUUUGAUCGGAAACAGUCAACGCUUGGAAUCCAAAUCUAAACAUAUUAAUGAAGUGAUAAUGGGCACUGAUCAGCUGAUGGAAAUCUGAGUUUGGCAGAACGCAAGGAUGGUUCUCUGGCUGCCUGAACCCGUAGCACAGCUCCAGAAUCAGUUUUCUGAGCUUACUCUUGUCAUCACCGGCAUCCACCCCAGCGUUGGCUUUCAAUUUACACCUUAAUAAAGGAAUAUUUACAGUGA